UCUCUAAGAUUUGGCGGUUGAUAUUCCCAUUCCCUCCACGUCCACGAACUGCCGUGCCCUCGUAAAACCUCUUCUUCUCCCUCAACGGAAUUAUCACCGGAGAGAGAUGAAAGCAGCUGUGGCCAUGUCGGGAGGAAGCGGCGGAACCAUCCUCUGUUCGCCGCCGCGUUUUGCGGUUUGUAACCGCGCGCAUUUACUCUCUCUGAGUCGAAACCAAUCUCUGUCCUCCACGCGCAAGUUCAGGUCGGCGGCUUCCAUUGCUCGACGAUCGCUUUUGGCGAAUCCGCGCCGGCUUAAAAUAGUCUGCGGAGCUGCUGAUUCAACUCAGACUCAGCCUUCCUCCGUUACUUCUUCCGACAAGUCCGUCGUUAACGAUGAUGGAUUUUCCCUUUCCAAGAUUUCAUUUGGUGUUGUUGGACUUGGUGUGGGGGUUUCACUUCUCUCGUAUGGUUUUGGAGCAUACUUUAAUAUCAUUCCUGGAUCUGAGUGGUCUGCAUUGAUGCUUACAUAUGGCUUUCCUCUUGCUAUAAUUGGCAUGGCCCUCAAGUAUGCAGAGCUUAAACCAGUACCAUGUGUGACCUAUUCAGAUGCUCAAAUGUUAAGGGAAAAGUGUGCUACUCCAAUCCUUAAACAGGUCAAGAGUGAUGUGACAAGGUUCCGUUAUGGAGAUGAGCAACAUUUGGAUGAGGCAUUGAAACGUAUUUUCCAAUAUGGCCAGGGUGGAGGAAUUGCACGGAGGAGUGCUCCCAUUUUGCAAAUGAUCCGCGAAGAGGUUACGGAAGAUGGUAAAUACUGUCUAGUGUUGGUGUUCGAGGCCAAAGCUUUGGAGCUCUCAGAUUUUGAAAAAAGACGGGAAAAAUUUGCUUCCUUCUUUGGUCCAGGAAUUUCAUCUGAAAUUGUUAAGGGAGACAAAGACUACUUGUAUGAAGUCCGACUAAUUUCCAACACAACAUUGUAAGUAGCAUGAACAUCCUCAACAAUGGAAGAGCUCAUGUAGUAUAGUAAACUGUUGUUUAGCCAUGUAUAGCAAAAGGAAGCUUGUAAAAAAUUUUCAACAGAGAAUCAACGAAAAGGAUUAAUUUUAAGGCAUUCAUA